CGUCAUCGGAGCGCGUCGCCCGUGCCCCUCCAGCGGGUUUGUUUUUGUUUGGCACUUUUGGCUCUAAAGUUGUUUUAUAGAGUUAAUAAUGCAGUAAUAACAGCGCGUAAGAAGAAUAUACGGUUCUUAAUGCUUUAAAAUUAAGAGUUUGUGUAAAUAUUUAGACUUGAUCGCGGGGAAAGAGCACUUUGCACAGUUGCUAAGCUAACACAGACACGUGAAGAUUCGCCUUUAGUUAAACAAUCGUGUUGUAAAAUGUUGAAAAGGAAACACACCCUGAGAGCUCUGGUGACGGAGAGGCUGAGCGCGGCCGCGGAGGAGAUCUUUGCCCUGGUGGAGAGAACAAUAGCGGAGUAUGAGGACGAACUGCGCCGAUCCAAAGAGGAGAACCAGCGGAACCUGCGGCUCCUGGACUCGGUUCUGAGUCCGCAGGUCCGGCUCCACAGGACCGAGGACGUGAAGAUAAACUGCAGCAGCCCCAGCAACACUCCGGCUCCUCUCGGCGUCAUAGAGAAACCGAAGGAGGAGAACCCGACUGAAAACUUAGACCUUACAGUUGUUCAGGUGAAGAGCGAGGAGCUGGAGGAGGAACCGUCGGAGCUGCAUCAGAUCCUGAGCUCGAUCAGCGACAGCGAAACGGAGAAACGGCAAGAGGCGACGUACAAAGAGCCAAAACGAGAGCCGGAGCCCGCGGAGUUUAACUUUGAGCGGCAUUUUCAGCAGAACGGUUACUCCACCGACAACAGCGAGGACUGGGGGGAAGCGUCCAGCUCGGUGAGACACGUGCAGACGGAGGACGGCGCGGAGGGAUAUGAACACUUUAUUAUGGACCAGUUUUCGAUGAGCAAAGUCCGGGAACACCAGUGCCUCAUCUGCGGGAAGGUGUUCACCGGGCGGUCGCUUCUGAAGAGGCACUCUGUGGUUCACACGGGGGAGAAACCUUUCAGCUGUCCGGUUUGCAACAAAGGCUUUACGCAGAACGCUCACCUGAAGGUCCACAUGUGCACGCACACCGGGAUCAUGCCGUACCGAUGCUCGCUGUGCACGCGGGGAUUUACGCGCAGAGAUAUUUACCUCAAACACGUCGGCACGCACAGAGACAAGAGGCUCCCGGGACUGAGCGACCGGAGAGUUGGUCUCCAGAGCGAUCGAAGAGUUGGGUCUCUAAGCGAUCGAAGAAUGGGUCCCCUAAGUGAUCGAAGAGUUGGGCUCCAGAGCGAUCGAAGAGUUGGGCUCCAGAGCGAUCGAAGAAUUGGGCCUCUAAACGAUCGAAGAGUUGGUCCCCUGAGCGAUCGACGAGUUGGGCCCCUAAGCGAUCGAAGGUUUGGUCCAAAACCCGCAGUGGCGAGCUCGCACAAUCCGGAGUCUAGUGCCGGCCGCGUGUGUCUCUUCAGCUGCUCCUUCUGUCAGAAAGGUUUUCUCUCUCAAAAUGACAUCGAAGAACACAUGAAGAUCCACGGCGCGGACAGAGCGGGGAACUGACACUAGAGUUGGGCGUAAAGUUAAAAAAAAUUCCUGCGAUGAUUUCCUUUGAGCCAGAUCGUGAUUUUUUUGAUUUGAUCUCGGUUCAUGUUUUCUUAGUAGCUUUAAGAGGAAACCAAAACUAUCUACUGUUUCUGAACGUUCACUGAAAGUUCUCUUCACUGUGAUUGGUUGAAUCCACCUGUCACUCACCCAGAGCUGGACAUGCGGACCAACAGAGCUUUUUCACAACGACCGGAAGUGUCUUGCUGUAGGUUUGUGGAACUUCUGAUUAAUGUUUUUCUGCGUAAAUGUGUGAGUAAACAGUGUUGGGAAUGUUACUUUUAAAAUGUAAUCCCCUACAGAUUACAGAUUACUUACUCCAAAAUGUAGUUUGUAACGUAAUCCAUUAAAUUACUUAAAGUGAGUAAUGUAAUCUGAAUACUUUGGAUUACUUGAUUUGCUGUAGAGAAGCAAAGACGAGGAAAUCGUAAUUUAAGAUGUUUUAUCUGUUAAAAGAAAAUAAAAAGUCCAGAUUUUACUUAAACAAAUAAAAAUAUUAUUGAUGGAAGACGAGGAAACACGUCCACACAGCAGGAUUUAGUCCUGUUAAAUCCUGUUUUUUAGACCUAGUUUAAUCCUGGUUUAGACCUGGUUUAGUCCUGGUUCAGAAUUGGUUUAGCUUCUGGCAAUGAGUGGAAUUAUUGGGCGGGAAAAAAAAAAAGAAAAGAAAAAGGGAUAUAGCCCAAAAUGUGAAAACAGGAAAAUCCCUCUGUGUAAUCCAUUUAUUUCAACAAAGUAACUGUAAUCCAAUUACCACUCACUGAAACUGUAACUGAAUACAGUUACUCAUCAUUUGUACUCUGAUUACUCCAGUACAUGUAAUCUGUUACUCCCCAACACUGUGUAUAAGUGUGUGUCGUAUUCUCCAGCGGUUUCAUAAAUCUGCCUCAUCACCAAAUCUUCAACCAACAAACUCCACAAAGGAGAAACAUUCUUCAUGAACAAUUUAUCCACAAAGAUCAAGAGAAGAAAGAGCAAAACUUGAAGGAGAACAACAGGGCCGCUGAAAGUCAUUUUUAACAGGGGGUGCUCUUUUCACAUUGUAUCUUCUGCACAUAAACAAGCACAAUUUGGGUUUUGGAACAUCCAUUACACAAUAGUUCUGAAAUCUUCCUGAUUUCUUGGAGACGUCACAGACCAGGAACUAUGAAAGUCCGACUAUUGCUCCUCCCCCCCCCCGUCCUGAGAAAGCACAGGCUGUAACUGAUAUAGCAGUAAUUACUGGGCCUUUUCACCAGAAACUAAUACUGGCACAAAAUAUAACAUUUACUUUCUCAGCACAAAUGAAGCAAGGCUACAUUUACAAAGGGUAAAAAAAAAAAAAAAAAGAGUUUUUUUCAAUAAUAAAAUCGCAAUUUCUUGUAAUCUGAGUGGAUUUUAAAAAACGUGACGUAGACUCUGAGUGAGCCGCCCUUCCUCCGCCAUCUCAGGGAGGGAGGGGGAGACAGACGUGACCCUGAUAGCGGCAGGAAUAAACUUUUAUUCAUCAUGGAGAUACAGCGCGUUCAGCCGCAUGUGUUGGACCCGGAAUCGGACGAGGACUUUGAGGAGCACGAAGCUCAAGCACCGCGUCCACAUCAGCUGAACAUUACUGAUUGGUAAAGUUUAAUAAACACUAGGAGAUAAACUUAUUAUAUCAUGUACACUGGUGGAGGCGGGGGACGGGGGGCGGGUUCGUCAUAGGUGAAUCUGCCGUGUCAUCGUUGUAACAGCUUUAGUUCGUUGUCACGUGGGAGGGAGGCAGAAAUACGCUGCAAUUAGUUUAAAAAAAACGCCAAAUCAAUCUAAAAACAACACAAAUCCAAGGCCCACACAUCACUCUGAGAAGGUAGAAAGAUCUGAAAAGUUGAUUUUGCAUCAGAUGGGUCCUUUAACUUAUUUUCAAUACUCAAAUUAACUAGUAAUAAUAAAGGUCAGCAGUAAACACACACACACACAGAAUGUCCACACUGUCACCAGUAGGGCUUGUCGAUACGAUACAUACCUCGAUACACAGGCCAUGAUACGAUACGCUUUUCGAUACAGUAAGCUUUCGAUUCGUUACGAUAUAUUUCACCUUGAUUCGAUAUGGUUCAGUGUAGAAAAGGUUAACUCGUGGCUGUUUAUACUAAAAGUUGACUAAGUUUGUGCGAAGUUAAUUUGAAAAACACCAAUUUUACUCGUCAAAACAGUGAAAAUGUCAACACUUCUGUAGCUCUUACACAAAAUAAUUUUGUCAAAUAUACUAAAAAUUACUCUUGCCGAUAUAUCGAUACAGCAGUCCACGAUAUCGAUACUGUAACAGAACAUUAAACGAUACGAUACGUUGAUAUUUCAAUAUUUUUGCACACCCCUAGUCACCAGCCCGUCACCUUUGUCCCUAUUUGUGUGUAAUAUUCGAUCGUGAUGUUUGUCUUGUGUCGUGUGUGUUGUUUGGUUCCUAUUUUUUGUAAUGUGUGUAGUUUGCAAUUAAAAUUAUUUUAAAAAACUAAAAAAAUUAAACCCUCUUAGCCUAUAGGCCGAUUUAAAAUACAUUUUAAAUAUAAAUAAAUAGACUGAAAUUCAACAUUAUACACUAAAACUAUAUACUUUAAUAUAGUCUCUGACAACUUAAGAAAAAAUAAAUAAAAAUCACGCUCUCGCCACUAGGGGGUGCUGCAGAACCUUAGACCCUGCAUGGGGGUGUCUCGCUUUCCAGCAGCACAAAUCUCUUUAUCUAUACUAAAAUCAACAUCAGGAAAUUGAUUUUUAAUUUUAAAAGAAUGAGUCUGUGUGAACAGCUUCUGUUUUAUUCAUGAUCCUAACAUGAAUUUAGUUGAGUGUGUCACUAAUGCAUCGUUUGUUUUGUCUUUGUUCUCCUUUUAAAUUUUCGUCUUUCUUAAAGCUGAAUUAUAUUUCUGCGUCGACUCAUGACACGCUGCCGUCGUCGCCUCUUUUCUGUUAUUUUUGAUUUAUAGAUCUGUGCAGAGGUCGAUUCUCCGCGAAGUAAUUCACCACCACAACACGAGGAGGCCACGAUUUCAAACUGGUGUUCGUGUUUACAAAAUGAAAAGAGGAGAACCGGAAAUGGAUGUAGAGCGGAUGUAGAAACGACGAUGAUAGUUGUGGAUAAAUUGUUCAUGAAGAAUAUUUAUCCUUUGUGGAGUUUGUUGGUUGAAGAUUUGGUGAUGGGGCAGAUUUAUGAAGCUGCUGGAGAAUGCGACACACACAUUUACACAAAAAAACAUUAAGCGGAAGUUUUGCAAAUCUACAGCGGGACACUUCCUUCUGUUGUGAAAAAGUUCUGUCGGAGGAGUGGGUGGUGGACGGUGUGUUUUUGACCACAGAGCUGCAUUUAACAGAUAAACUGAGGAUCACGACGUGGCGAUUUUACCCAAACAGACGAUCGUCACCGGGAGGAGAUCAGGAUUAUAUUUUUAUCUCCACAUCACUGGCCCCAAGUUGAAUGCUUCAUGUCUUAACCUGAGCAGCCGGUCUCUUCUGGAUCCUGUUCAGACGCACAAGUGUGUGUCACGGGCCCACACACACACACACACACACACACACACACACACACACACACACACACACACACACACAAACAAACCUCUGUCCCUGAAUGUGCACGACUCUUUUCCCUGAGAUAAAGAAGAGUUUGGAGCUCCUGGUGAUUCUGAACAAAUCCGCUGCCUCUCAGUCCACGGUGUUGCUCUUUUCUGUUUUUUUAUUUUUACUCCUAAUCCGUCAUAUUUUCAUUAUUUAUUUUAAUGCAAACAGAGUAUGUGUUCCUCUGAUUAGUUAAUCCGCCUGUCAAUCACUCCCUCUGGAAUCAGCGCGACAGGUCACAGGUCCAGAUCUGGUCACAGGUCCAGAUCCGGUCAGAACGUGCGGUUCUGGACGGGGUCAGGUCUUUACAGCAGAGGUGGGACUUACAAGUUGGUCGACUAAGACUUGGGACUCGACUUGGACUUGAAGGUCAAUGACUUGGGACUUGGACUUGAGGUCUGUGACUUGAGACGACUCGAUGUUUCUCCUAAAAAUCAUGUUUUUAUAAAAUACGUUUCUCUUUCCAGUUGAUAAAUGUGGAGCUUAAUUUUACAGGAACAAACUGGAACAUGUCGCUCCCACUUCUGUUUGGUAUUUUGGAGGAAACUGAAGUACUGUGAUACUCAAAAGUACUACAGUAAUAUACAGUACAACACAGUAACACAGAGGGAACUACACAGAACAGUGAUUCUUAACCAUAAAGCCGCAGCCCAAACUUGGGCCUCAAGCGCCACCUAGAGGACAGCAAAAAACUUUCAGUUUUACACAAGUGGUUCACGAGGAACAGUGUGUGUUUGUGUCAGAGUCAGGGUCAAAUUCACGUUGGGUCAAAAUUAAAAACUGGGACUAAGUCGUGGUCAAACUAAAUAUUUAUAGAAACAUUUCAUCAACAUCUGCAGGUUUCUCUUCUUUUGAGAUCUGUAAUUUAAACCUUUUCUUAUUCAAAUAAAUGUUUAAUAAAAGUUUUGUUUAAACAUUGAAUCUAAAACAAACAGAAUAUAAAAUAAUUAGAACAUUUAAAUAAAUCACGUCUCUAUAGUCGAUCUGUGUGCAGCUGCAGCUCUGAUACAUGUUUGAUAUGAUCUCACAGGACAAAUAUAAUUAUGUCAAGGGCCAAAUUUGGCCCCCGGGCCUGAGUUUGAGAUGUCUGUUAUUAGUUCCCUUUACAGACACACUGAAUUAUUAUUUUAGAGUCCUGAAUCAAACAUUUUAUUUAGUUUAUUUAAUUAAAAAUAUAUAUUUUUGUUCAAAGUUAAAUCCAAAUAUGCAUCUUUAUUAUUAAUAAGCCUGGCUUAAGCCUUUACAUUUUCUCUUGCUUGUUUUUUUUCCAUGAAUUAUUAGCAAAAGUUAAUGUAAGUUUAAUAAAAAUCAUGUCAUGUUUUUAUUCCUUAAACUUUAUUCAGGUUUUAACUUGUUAAACUGUUAAACUGUGAGUGGAUUUGAUUUAUUAUUGAAAACAAACGAGUGAAAUCAAUUAAAUCUAAUGAACCUCGGACCUCAGCAUCAAAAACCUUAAGAACCUCCCGACAAAGAACAUGAUCCUUUUAUUUCAGUGCAGACAAAAUAACACGUAUUUAUUUAUAUAUUUACUUAGUUUUUUAACACUUUUAAAUCUUAAUUCUUUCUAUUCCGGCCAUAAUGAUGUAAUUAUAUAAAUACUAAAUACUAAUAUAUAAAUGUAACCUGAAACUUUUUAGUACAAUUUAGUUUAAAAUUCAUAUAAAUUGCAAAAAUCAGAGCUGUUUUUGUUACUUUGGUUUAAAAACUUGAAAUGACUUGAAGCUCAAAGGACACGACUUGGACUUGACUCGGAUUUACAGACCUGUGACUCGAGACUUGACUCGGACUUGAGGUCAAAGACUUGAGACUUACAAAACAACGACUUGGUGUCAGCUCUGCUUUCCACGACCACACCUCGGAUUAUUAAUGUCCUUUUAUUUUCAAUAUUUAAACAUUUUUAUUUAGUUUUAAUGUCACUUUAAUGUUUUAUGUUUAUUUUUUACAUGUCGUACUGUUACUUUACAAACAUUAUUUAACAGAGAGAUGGAAAUCUGUUUUAAAUCCUGCUCACAAAAUGCUGUGGACAUGUUGUUUUUUUUCCUCUCAAAUGUCUCACGUAUCAAUCGUCGAACGUUUUGGGUGAAUCGGACACACAGAUCUCACUCCUUUAUGACCCGAGUUCACCACGUCCAGACUUCAAAAUCUGUGUGUCGUUUCUUUUAUUUGUUUUUCAAAAUAAAAUCAAAAAUAAGAAAAUGAAAAAGCAACAA